CCAAUGACUCUGGACGCUAUUUUGAGUGAGGAAAAGGCAGAAGGGAGCUGGUGCUCGUGUUAUGGCACAAAGAUGACACCGUAUUUCUCAGAUAACGCUGUUGUCUCACAGAACGAGAUUAACUUCCUUAUAAGUGAGAGUUUCUUAACUGUGAAGGGAGCUGCUCUAUUCCUGCCUCGAGGAAAUGGCUCACCCACACCCAGAAUCAACCAUCGACGCAAUAAACAUGCAGGUGACCUUCAGCAGCACCUACAGGCGAUGUUUACCCUUCUUAGACCAGAAGACAAUAUUCGACUGGCCGUCCGAUUGGAAAGCAGCUGCACACAAUGCACCCGAUACAUGGUGGUCGUCUCCACCAAUGGUAGACAGGACACGGAAGAAAGCAUUGUGUUAGGAAUGGAUUUUCUCUCCAAAGACAGCAGUACAUGUACAAUGGGCCUGGUUCUUCCACUAUGGAGUGACACACUGAUCCAUUUGGAUGGUGACGGGGGGUUUAGUGUGUCAACAGUGAACAGAAUUCAUAUCUUCAAGCCUGUCUCUGUCCAAGCAAUGUGGUCUGCCUUGCAGAGUUUGCACAAAGCCUGUGAUAUCGCCAGGACGUACAACUACUACCCAGGGAGUCUUUACCUAACGUGGAUCAGUUACUAUGAAAGUCGCAUCAAUUCACACCAGAUCUUUAUCAAUGAAUGGAAUGCCAUGCAGGAUCUGCAGUCGCACCGUUCUGAUUCACCUGUCCUAUUCAGUGACGUACCGACUGAGUGUGAUCGGACUGAAAGAUUAAUUAAGACAAAACUACGCGAGAUCAUGAUGCAGAAAGAUCUGGAAAAUAUCACGUCAAAAGAGAUCCGCACAGAGCUGGAAAUGCAGAUGGGCUGUACCUUGAGAGAAUUUAAGGAAUUUAUGGACAAUGAAAUGAUAGUCAUUCUGGGACAGAUGGACAGCCCAACUGAGAUAUUUGAGCAUGUCUACCUGGGAUCUGAGUGGAAUGCGUGCAAUUUGGAAGAAUUACAAAACCAGGGGGUUCGGUACAUCUUAAACGUAACUCGGGAGAUAGAUAACUUCUUCCCAGGAAUGUUUGAGUACCACAAUAUCAGAGUAUACGAUGAAGAGGCUACAGACCUGCUUGCGUAUUGGAAUGACACCUACAAAUUCAUCUCGAAAGCAAAGAAAGAUGGUUGCAAGUGUCUUGUUCAUUGUAAAAUGGGCAUCAGCAGGUCUGCGUCAACAGUCAUUGCAUAUGCAAUGAAAGAAUAUGGCUGGAACCUGGACAGAGCUUACAGUUAUGUGAAGGAGAAGCGGGGAGUAACCAAACCCAAUCCAAGUUUCAUGAAGCAAUUGGAGGAGUACCAGGGCAUCUUGUUAGCUAGCAAACAGCGACACAACAAAUUAUGGCGCUCGCACUCCGACGGUGAUCUUUCUGGCCCUCACGAGCGUAUUAAUAAGUCUAUGGUUGACUUCAACAGAAGGGACAGCAUCUCCAGCGCAGAGCCAUCCACUGACCUACUAGAUGCACAGUUCUACCAUCCCCAAACCUCAGACUUGAACACUGUUUUACCAGGACUGCAUGAGGAGCAGGUCAAAUUCAAUCCCGUAGCAAAAUGUAAUUCUGCUGACGAUUGUUCUGACAGGAGUUGGGCAACCAAGCGAAUGGGCACGGCCACCGAUACUGAUAGUAUCUCCAAGAUUUGUGCUGGUUGCAGCUCAGAAGCUUAUAGUUUUCCUAUUCAUAACUGCCAGGCUGAAAAACGCACAGAGGCUUUGCCCCAUCAUGAACUGGCUUCACCGAGGACACACAUCACAGCUCUGCCCGAUUUAGAAACCAAUUCUCUGGAAAACGAUCCCGUUAGUUCUGUUACAGACUGCAUUUUGUUGCCAUUACUUGAAACCGAGUCUCAGCCAGAUGAUCACAUAGCGUCGCAGGAGAUGGCUUCACCGCUCUCGCCCUCCAAUGAGCAUCUCGAAGCUUCCUGCUCGAGUCCUGACCGAAUAGACUUUUUUAGCGCCAGAGAAAAAUUCAUAGAGCUUUCCCAGGAGGGUAGGAGUCGAGCCCAUUUGAACUCAAAGACGGAGGAGCUUGGUGAAGGGAGGUGCUGUACCACAAAAGGAGCUGAUGAAGAACAGCAACAGCCUGGAGAUGACCAGGCAGUCGUAUCAGAGGAGAGUGUUGCCCAAGCGGCAGAAUUGACAGACCGUGGCAAUAGUGAGGAGACCAAUAAGGAGAAUCUGCUAGCAAAAACGUUAACCAAGAAAUAUUCACUAACAAGAUCUCAGUCGUUAAAUGUUAUAUCUGUGAAAGAAAUAGUGACAGAAAUAGAGUCCAUCAACCAGGCUUCAGGCUUGUGCCAAAGUAAGACUGAAAGUAUCCCACCCAAUCCACCAAAGAGAAAUACAAUUCAUGAACUGACAACAGAGUUGCAUUGGUUUUCAGAAAAUGCCAAUGCUGCAAACAAAUCUGGUGCAGAAAGGUACUCCACAGCCGAAAAUAAUUGUGAGAAAGUCAGAGAUCUGAUUGAACCUGAACCCGACGAACACAGUCCAGUAAGUAUAGCAGUCACGAACAGCGAGGAGCCUCACGAAGAGUUGGCACAGGAUGCGACCAUAAACCACAACCAAGUGGCAAAAUGGUGUCCUGGAUCAGUGAAACGAGCCACUAAGGAGUUUGAGCAAAGGUUAAAGCAAGAGCAGGAACAAAAUUCAUGUGUGGUCACGUUACCAAUACGCAAAAGCUCCAGAAUUGACGGCGUUACAAGCACCGAAUCUGUGGUGAAGGAUAAGAGUGAGGAUGACUCUCUCGAAUCAACAUCUACAUUCAAGGAUGAAGAAAAUGAAAGCACAGUCGAAGGUAUAUUUUUGUCAACAGAGCACAAUAUGCCUCUCAGUGAUGAAUUAACCACGGAUACUUUGGAGCACGAGUUACAACCGAGGCAGAAAAUGGCCCAAGCAGAAUCUGAGUUAGUGGAACGUAGAACAAUACAUUCUUAUGAAACCUCUGAGCAACUGAGUUCACAAAUGCAACUUCCAAAGAGAAUUGAGAUUAUUGAGUAUAUCCAUGCAGUUAAACAACUUGCAUCUCAAGAAGAUAAUGAUACCUUUGGCUUGUCUGGGGAGUCUGUUAAGGAAAAGUCUUCAGCAAACAGAAAGGAUACAGUUGCCCAUUCUGCAGAUGAUCAAGAAAUCAAGACAGAGGUACGGCCUGCUCAGACUUCGAGGCUGCUAGAGCUUUUGCCAUUGGAUGUUCCAACCUUGACCCAAAAAUGCAAGGGAGAAAUGAAUGAGGUGACCUUCACACUUGGCAGUCCUUCUGAAGAGGAAGAUGAUAGCUCAGCUAAUGACGAAAUGACAGCCUUUAUCACUCAUAUUUCGCAUUCACCAUCAAUAGGCUCGGAACAUGUUUAUCAGUCGCAUAUAGUACAUCUGGAAGGUGUCACAGAACUAAGCACAGACACUGAUGCAGAGAUCCCUGGUGACAAAUUGAUCCAUUCAGAGAACGAACUUCAGGAAACUGAAACCAGCGAGAUGUCUUUGCAAAGGACAGGCACUCGCUGUAUCGCUUACUUGAGUCAUGAAGACUUGCAGUUGAGUUUCGACAGGUUUGAUGAAAGUAUCCGAGAGAGUUUCAACAGGUUUGAGGAAAGUUUCCAAGAGAUGCAGGAGGCGUCCGAUUCCUCCAGUCUCGCACCCAACCUUAGUCAUAUCUCUAACAAUAACGGCAUCAGUAAACUAAGCAGCACUCCAGGGAUGGUUAAGCAGCGAGCAAAAGAAAUUGAAGCUCGGAUAAGGCAGGCAGGUCUCACAACUCCAUCACAGAUGAAGCGCUCAGCAUCUAUAGCCAAGCUUGGUUGCUUGGAGCUCUCAAUGGACGAUGUAUCUAAAAGAGACUCUGAUAGUUCUGAGACUUGGCGAACAUUUUUUGAUUCGUACGACAACACAUCGUGGAGCGUUCAAAGCCCACGCGAGUUAAGAGACAAGUGCUCCGAGGAGGAUGAGCCCAGCAAAAAACUGUGCGUCGUUUCCAUCUGUGUCCCCCAACAAGAACUCCAGGCUACAAGGUGCUUUAUGGAGCAACUUAAAACAUCAGAGAACAUUGUCCAAAGCAAACCUGUAGAGAAGCCCACAAUUCAAUACGCCAAAACAUUCGAGUCAACCCAACCGAGUCCGCUAGAAAGUGCAGAGGAAAACCUUCCACCAAUAAAUUCACCGUCUCCUUCAGAGCUGGACAGUUGUAGCCACACCUCACUGAUGGCUAUAGCUCCUCGAGUGCAACACGGUCGAACUCAUCCACUGAGGAGACUAAAAAUGACUAAUGAGAGAAAGCGGACAUCCAAUCCUUUAUAUAAUACUAUGUGAUCCUAAACCUUGCCUUUUGUAUAUAAAUCGGGCAAGCGUCUAAGGAACAUGCACUUUAUAGUUUGUUUUCUAUAUAUUAAACAUGAGGGAGGGUGAUUUUUUUUUUGGAAGCUCGUGAAACCGUGGGUCGACUGAAAAGAGUGCGAUUAAAACUGAACCCUUUUAACCAUAUGACCUUAUUUAUAGGAACACACCAUCCACAACACAAUGAAUGAAGGUGUUUGAUUGCAGAUUCAUUGACGUAAAUAUACCUCUCCAUCAGGAAAAUCAGGGAAAAGCAACUAUUUUGAUAAAUUCUGAUUUUUUGUUCAGUAAACUUAACACAACCUGUUGCUUUUUUUUUAAUCAUUCACAACACUCACCCUACUAAACCAUUUGUAGAAAUAUUCUCAUCAUAAGAGUACUAAUCUUGCCCCUCUUCCCAAAGCAGUUUUUAAAGCAAUGUACUCUAUCCCCAGAAUUUGAAUCCACUAGCCACGUUUAACUUGUAUAUAGUUUUAGAUUGCCUCCUCCUUUCUUUGCCCCCCCCCCCCUCAAAAAAGUAAGUGUAUAAUAUACACUUGUUGUGAAAAUGGUUGUUUGACUCCUUUGGAUUAUACCUCAUUAUCUCAACCAUUAUCGCAAAACCUGGUGCUCAGCAGGCCAUAUCCAUCCUGAAAGUGCCCUCGCCACAUCCAGACCUUAAUGAUCCGUGGAUCCCUGCUCAUAAAGAGCCACUCAGAGACUGUUAGAAGCCGCCACGUUUUUUUUCCAAUCUCCUCUCUGCUGAACCUUCCUUCUUGUCUGUUACCGUGAGAAUGAUGAAGCAAGCGGAUGGAUGCGGCUAGUUAUUGUGUUGGCUUGUGUGUUCUUUGAAGGUGGUCUGUAUUCAGGGUUAAUCUGAAGUAUUACUUGAACACUACUGUGGGACUCCCAGCGGCUCCCUCCAAUAUCAGUUGAAGGGAAAUCUUUGUAAUAAGUCAACUGAACUCUGUCUCCCCGCGUCACUUUUGUACAUUCUGCCCCUACAGUGCUGCCUCUGAUAUUCCUGUUGAAAAGGACUAAAAUUCAUCGCACAUGUUUAAUCUUAAUCCAGUGUCUUGUUUUCAUGAGCAUUUUCCCCCCCAAAAACAGUAAACUCUUCAUUCUGUUUUCAUGUUUUAUUUGGAAACAAAAUCGACUUCACGCCUUUAUUUCUGUUACUUGUGUGUCUACUUCAUUGUUUGUUGGUUUUCUUGCCUCUAAGUGUGCAUUCAAUAAGGGCAAGAUUUCUUGAUACGGACUGGAAAUGUUUUGGAUUGCAAUUUGCUAUUUUUGCGUUUUAUGUUUAAAAACAAAGCGACUCAUUCAGUAAUAGCAGCAGUAGUGUGAAAGAAUAUCAAGAAAAGUCUUCCUUGGAUAAAUAGUUAGAGAUUUGCACUGUUUGGAAUAUUAUAAAACCUGCUGUGUCUGGUAUCACUCCAAAUUCUAGAUUAGAUGUACCGAAAAAAGAAGAUAAGACGAGAAAACGGUGGUAUUCUUGAAAGAAUCAUUUUUCUUCUCCCUCUCUUCCACCUGCUUAUCUUCUCUGUACCUUAUUUUCCCGCCUGGUCAAUGUACAUCCCUCCCGCACAGUUUAUUAUGUCAGUCAUUAUACUGCUGUUUGCCAAACAUAUCUUUGAUUUUCAAUCUCGCACAUAUUUUACCAGGGCACAAAUGCUACGUUUUUUUUAAAAAAGCCUAGAUAAAACUCGUCACUGUGGGCAGGAACCCAUUCUUACAAAGAUGCUUUUCCACUUUAUCUGGGAUAUUGUGCGAAGAUCCUUUUUUAAAUAAAGUCAGCUAAAGUGCUCGAUGAUUAGAUGUUUCAUGUAUGUGCCUGUGCAUACUGCGGGAGUUGUUUUCCCCCUCCCGCAGUCCAUCCCUGCAGGAUUUUUAAACCAAUUCAGCUACGAACGGCAGAGUUUUACUUUAAACAACGCAACAGUUUCAAUCGACGAACCUUCUCAUAAAACAGGAUCUGUGAACUUUUAAAAGUCCUGCGCGAAGACAAAAACCCUGCGUUACAGAAUACCGGCGUGUAUGUUCCUGGAAAUCUUAUAUCUUAAUCUUUUGCACAUUUCUGUUUUCUCCAUUCUUUUUACAGGAGGGCGUGUGUGUGGGAGGGAGAGGGCUGUUUCUUCCCAAUCAACCCCCAUUUAGAAUGUGGGGAGGGAUGUGUGUGGAAAAGGCGUGGGGUGAGGUCCCUUCCACUACCGUCCCAUUGAACUCGGACUGCAGUUUGCGUAGUUAAGGCAAAGAGUCAGGUUCCACCAGAUAAGACCUGCGGUUGCAUAUCAUGGCUCUGUUAGAUCACGAACUAAUCUUCUGCCCCAUGUGCACCGAGUAACAGGGAACGUUUGGCAUUUGUAGUUCUUGGUAAUGACGUGGGUGCAUAUUUGCUCAGACUGGAGGGCUGCCGUGCUGAUUGUGUUUUAUUUUUAAGCCGCCCCCACCAUACUCCUUCGCCCCCCCCCCACCCCAUUGCCCCACAUUAUCAGGGCUCACGCUUGCCCUGUCGUGCAUUUGGUUUAUCAAUCGCAGCUUUUAAAAAAAAAAGCAGCAAAAUGACCAGGAUGUUCCAAACUGCAAUAACCGAUGACAGAUUUGCAGUUCUUUACAGUUUUAAAUUGAGGGAGGACAUCAGACUUGUAACCAAAAUGUGGAGGUUUUUUUUUGUUACCUAAAGAGUAAUGUAAGAUGUAUUAUUUGCUCAGGAGAGCCAGCCACAAGGCUUCUGCUCGAAGUUUAAAUGCAGGAGUCACUCAGAGGCUUUUUAUUAAACCAACGCAAUUCAGUUUUUAAAGCGCAUUUCGGUUUUUUGUACAAAUCAAAUGUAGGCAGUCCUUUUCCGACAGUGGUUAUGGUUAUUAUUGUUUACAUUGUGAAUAUUCAAGCUGUACAAUACAUUUUUCUUAAAUUAUAACUUGUACCGUACGGGCAGGGAGUUGCACGUGUCGUCCUGUUUGCCUUGCUGGUCGGUAGUUGCACUCGCUUUGUGCGUACGAAACUGAUUUAUUUUUACACAGUAUAUUCUGCAAGUUGCUUUUUUUUAAAUAAAAAAAAUCCUGUAAAUUGUGACUCGCCACAUGUACUGCAUUGUGUUUUUUUUUAAAAAUCCGCUUUUAAUUCAUUCUGGUGGUUCUGUUUAGUUUGAAAAACAAGAGCUUUUGUUUUUUAUUCUAGCUUGAUGCUAUUUGAUUGGUGCAGCGUGUUUUCAAACCUCUUCACUGAUCACAGAGAAGGAAUAUUUCCUUUAUUUUGACAGGAGUAGCAAAUGCCUUUUCAAAUAAAUCUGUGUGUGUGUGUGUGUGUGCUUGUUGAGAUGUGUGGGGGGCUGCGGGUGGUGGGUAAGUAGUCAGAGCACAAUCUAGAACCCAUCCGGGUUGAAAUAUUUUUUUUGUUCCACGCACUCAUUUUGUGGACACCGGUUUCCAAGUCAGGACUCAUCGCUUAUCAUACUUCAACUCACUCCGUUGAUUUGACCCUUUUCUGCCACUGGAUUCGCUCUCCACUUGUUAAGAUUGACAUUUACUGUAUUUUUUUUAUUAUUAUGGGGUGUUCCACUGUAGAUUUUUAUGCAAGUGCGCUACGUUGCUUAAUGUGAAGUCAUGCACUGUUGUAUGAAAUCCAAUGUUCUUGUUACAAAAAUGAAUAAAUUUUUAUUUUGGACGAUGAA